AUCGAAUCCUUUGUGGGUUAGUAUGACAAAGAUGAAGUUAGUAUUUGUCUUCUCUUCAUGGACAGAAUGAAGUCAAUGCUCUGACACAGUGCUCCACGGGUGUCCACAGCCGGUCAGACUGUCAGAUAAUUCUCACAAAAUGUGAGCUCUGUUAUAAACUUUAUCAUCUCAAGUUUAUAGUCCGUCGCACUGCGCCGCCCAUUUGUUACAUUUCACCUCACUUUUUAGUCUUCUUUUCAUUCUUUGAGACGACGAUACAUAUUCCACUGGGCAUGCAAAUUUCCAAUCUUUCUUCCCAUUCUUGCCAAGAUUGAUGGCGCGGCUUAUUCUGAUUGAACCCAUUCUCCUCUAAGAGUCACCAACAACAGCCACAAAAUUAUACUGCUAACGCAUCGUCAUGUCCCACCCCACCACUACCCCAUCCCGCUUCAGACUCAAUUCUAAAGCUAAGGAAUCGCCAAAACCUGAGCUUGCCAAUGGGUCGCUGUCACCAGCCAGUCAUGCAAGAGCAAAAUCAGUUCCGCCAGAUGUAAAGACACACUCCAAGGUCAGGAGGUCUCUGCUGAUGAACAAACCCAAAUCUGUAGAGUAUGUCAUAGGAUCUCAAAAGGCUAGGGAUAAUGAGGAUGUUAGAGUGGUGGGUCGCUCUGGGAACCGCCCAGUUGUCGAGCAAUUUGCUAGGCCAAGACCGCACCGGCCUGUGGAUUCUGCUGCUGCGAGAAAUGAACAAGAGGCCACGAAGGAAUUACAGGAGAAGCUUGUAUUGAAAGAGGGUUUGAUUAAGGAUUUGCAAUCAGAAGUUUCUGCUUUGAAGGCAGAACUGGAUAAAGCGCAUAGCUUGAAUAAGGAGCUAGAGUCGCAGAACAAGAAGCUGGCGCUGGAUCUUUCCGCUGCUGCCGUCAAGAUUGGAGCUUUAAACACUCAUGACCAGGAGUCAAGUGAAGAGCACAAGAGCCCUACAUUUAAGUACAUUCAGAAACUCAUUGCAAACAAAUUGGAAAAUUCAACAGUUAAAAAGGAGGCGUACAAUGGGCCAACUACAGUUAAAACGCCGCUUCUACCACCACCACCAUCACCCCCAGCAGACAAUAUGCUUUCUAAAGCUGUUGAUGCUGAAAGAAAGGCUCCAUCAUUUCCCUCCUUGCCACCACCACCACCACCACCACCACCCCCAAUGCGGCCACUAGCCAGAGCAGCCUCUUCUCCAAAAACUCCUGCAGUUGUAGAAUUUUAUCACUCCUUGAGAAAGCAAGAGGAGAAGAGAGAUAUUCCAGGACCAGGGAAUCAGUAUAAAUCAGCCGUGUCAAGUGCACACAGCAGCAUAGUUGGAGAGAUUCAAAAUCGUUCAGCUCAUCUGUUAGCUAUAAAAGCUGAUGUCAAAACAAAGGGUGACUUCAUCAACGGACUUAUCCAAGAAGUGCUAGCUGUGGCAUAUACAGAUAUUGAAGAUGUCCUAAAAUUUGUGGAUUGGCUUGAUGGUGAACUCUCAACGUUGGCUGAUGAGCGAGCUGUGUUAAAGCAUUUCAAUUGGCCAGAGAGGAAAGCUGAUGCCAUUAGAGAAGCUGCUAUUGAGUAUCGUGCACUGAAACUAUUAGAAAGUGAGAUAUGUUCCUUCAAAGAUGAAACUGACAUUCCAUGUGGAGCUGCCUUGAAAAAGAUGGCUGUCUUGCUUGACAAGUCUGAGAGAGGUAUUGGAAGGCUGACCAAACUUCGAAGCUCAGUUUUGCCUUCUUAUCAGGAUUGGAAAAUACCAACCAAUUGGAUGCUUGAUUCUGGAAUAGUAAGCAAGAUAAAACAUGCUUCUAUGAAGCUGGCGAAGAUGUAUAUGAGGAGAGUGAUAAUGGAGCUUGAACUGGCCCGAAAUUCGGAUCGGGAAUCCAAUCAAGAAGCACUGGUGCUUCAAGGUGUGCACUUUGCAUAUAGGACACAUCAGUUUGCCGGAGGUCUUGAUUCAGAAACGUUAUGUGCUUUUGAAGAGAUUAGAAGGCGAGUUCCAGGACACACAGGAAGAUCUCGAGAGCUAUUAGCUGCUGUAGCAUCAUCAUGAGAAGGCAGAUGGCAGAUAAGAUGGACUUCUUUUAGAGAGAUACAGUAGAUUUUUGGAAGGAUAUCUGUGAUUAAGCAUUUGUUUAGUGAUUUUUGUUUGGUUUGAAUGGCUGUGUGGAGAUGAUAUUGGUACAUGCAUUUACUUUAAUGUAAUAAGUACUGUAGAUUGAAAGAGAAGGUAGAAUUAUGGAUCAGAAAAUUUGUUAGUCAGGCUAACAAAUUUACCUGUACAGGAUUUCAAAUGAUUUAUAAUAUGCUGAAGCUUGAAACGAA